CUCUCUCUCUCUCUCUCUCUCUCUCUCUCUCUCUCUCUCUCUCUCUCUCUCUCUCUCUCUCUCAUACAUCAAUAAUGCAGAAAGCAAAAAGACCAUACGAAUCAUCGUGGACGAAGACCAUACCGGGCAAUAGCAUCUUCCGUUCAAAGACUGAAGAUAAAACAUCAUCAUCUUCAUUAUCAUGGUUAACAUCGUCAUCACCACCACAAAAUCCAUCAUCUCUAAGCACUAAGAUAUCAAGCAACGUAUUAGUAAUGGAGAAUGCCGUGGUGGUGUUUGCAAGAAGAGGUUGCUGUAUGGGACACGUGAUGAGACAAUUGUUACUGACACAUGGCGUGAACCCAUUGGUCGUUGAGAUUGAUGAAGACGACAAUAUCAUCAUAAGUGAAUCGGGCAGAGCCGUGAUCAAUAAAGAGAAAUUACCAGUGGUGUGCAUAGGAGGAAAGUUGUUUGGAGGAUUGGAAGAUCUGAUGGCUGCUCAUAUUAAUGGUGAUCUAGUGCCUAAUCUCAGACAAGCUGGAGCGUUAUGGCUUUGAUUGAUGUCUUGUUGUUAAUCAUCAUAAUCUUUUAUUUAAUUGUCCUUUUCACCCCUUGUUGCAUUAUUUGUUGAUAUAUUUGGCAAUGUUUCAACCUAUGUGAAUUUGUAACUGAUUGUUAUGUGAUUAGUUUGAUGAUC